UCGUCGCACGCCAUAUUUAAUAUUGAACAACGGCACAUCGAGCAGAGAAGAAGAAGAUAUUUUCUUGUGUCGUCGUCGUAGUUGUCGCGUAAAAAGAGCUUUUGAGAAAGAGUAGUAAAAAGAUACGCAAAUUACAUAGCGAAAAGAAACUUUCCAAGUGAAACCGACGAUAAAGAAGAAAAUUUUUGGAAAAUAAAACAAGUGGAGUAACUCAAAAAGGAUAAACGCAGGUCACCCAAUUGCAUAGCCAAAGCAAAAAAGAGAGGAAGAAGCUACACCGAAAACAGUUGAAAAAAUAAUUCACAGCCAAUCAUGGGUACUAGAGAGGAUGAAUACGAUUAUUUAUUUAAAGUUGUGCUGAUCGGCGAUUCCGGCGUUGGUAAAAGUAAUUUGCUAUCCCGCUUUACGCGCAAUGAAUUCAACUUGGAAUCGAAGUCGACAAUUGGCGUAGAGUUCGCAACGCGCAGCAUAGAGGUUGAUGGCAAGACGAUUAAAGCGCAGAUUUGGGAUACGGCUGGUCAGGAGCGCUAUCGAGCCAUCACGUCUGCAUACUAUCGUGGCGCUGUCGGUGCAUUGCUUGUCUAUGAUAUUGCCAAACAUUUGACAUAUGAGAAUGUGGAGCGAUGGUUGCGGGAAUUGCGUGAUCACGCUGAUCAAAAUAUUGUCAUUAUGUUGGUUGGCAAUAAAUCUGAUUUGCGACAUUUGCGUUCCGUGCCGACGGAUGAGGCGAGACUCUUCGCCGAACGCAAUGGGUUAAGUUUCAUUGAAACAUCUGCCCUUGAUUCGACGAACGUUGAAACUGCAUUCCAAAAUAUACUCACAGAAAUCUAUCGUAUCGUAUCGCAAAAACAAAUCAGAGAUCCGCCUGAAGGUGAUGUCAUUCGUCCAAAUGUGGAGCCCAUCGAUGUGAAGCCGACUGUUACAGCCGAUGUACGCAAGCAGUGCUGUCAGUGACCGCCUUAUGCACGUCCUGCAUUACUUUUAAAUGUCAUCUAUGCAUAAAUAAUAAAAACAAAAACCAACAAAACUGCAAUAAAUGAAAAAAUACAAAAACUACGACCACAGUUUCCCCCAAAUUAAUCCAAAUCAAUUCCAAACUACACCAGUGGCAACAAACGACAGCAAAACAUAAACAGAAGAACAUAUAUAGAUGCAGCAAAAAUUAUUAAUACUACCUACAAUUUAUUAAAAGGCAAUGAGGAAUGAUUGAAGCAGAAAAUAGUGAAACUCCGUUGAAAUUUAUUGAAAGAAAAGUAUAAUAUAGAUAUGUAUUUAUAAUUUUAACGUGGUUUUUCUAUAAAAAAACGAAAACAAAAUGAAGUGAGCAAUGAAUUCCCCUCUAUGCUAUUAUUACACUUAGAGAACUACCCCGCACUCGUCCCAGCUCUUUUAAACGCUUUGAAGAAGUUGUUCCACAAAGUUUCAAUACAAAAAAAAAUCAAACUGAGUUAUUAUAUUAGUGAUGCAAUUUUAUAUACACUACAACCCGUAGCCCAAUCAAUAACGCCACUUGCUAUUUGGUUCCUUGCGCUCGUAUAUACAUAAAUAUAUAAUGUAUAUAGUUUAGUUUGAGCAAGUGUGUUUUUUCAAAGGAUGCUAAUUUGUUUAACCGACAUUUGCUUAAUUAAAUCGUUUCAGUUAAAUGUAUAAUUCACUUUUUAUUAAAACCAUUGCUACAUUUUUUACAUUAACUUAAUUAAAGCGAUAUGCAAAAUUCUCUAUUUAAAUUUAAUUUUUUAUUGUUCGAAGGAUAUUUACAACUAUUGUAAAUGUUUUAGUAAAAAGUAAUUAAAAAUAACAAAUGCGAGAAAACGAAAUUAAUUUAAACAUUAAUUAUAAUUAAGAAAAAAAAACACACACACAACAAAAAACUGCAAAAGUGAUUAUUCUGCUUUUUUAAUUAAAACAAAAAAAUAAAAUUUUAUAUAAAAUUACUAUAAAGUAAUCAAAAAUAAACGCUCGAAACACCAACAUACAUACAUACUGUACGCAGCGAGUAAUGCAUACUCGUGCAUAUACAUACAUAAAUAUAUACAAGAGCAUGGCGAGAAAAAAGCGGUACAGCAAAGGUAGUCUACUGUAGGCGGAACGAAAAGCUCUUGAAAGAAUUAAUUGGUGAUAGUGUAAGGGUGUGGACCCACCACAUAAAGGGAAGCUAAAAUAUAAAAUAUCGUGGAGCUAAUGGUAGAGAGGAAGACAUAGCAAACAGAAAAUGCGUAACCGAGUAAUAAUUAAUUAACAUUGGUGAACUUAUAUGAACUAAAAAUAAAAAUUAAAUAAAAGCGAUGCAACAUGCAACAGCCAGUUGUACAUUAUUGAGGAUUAUACAUUUAAAAAAUAAAAACCUAAUUAAUCGAUUGAUUGAUUAAAGCAA